CUCGCGCUCAGUCUGAACUCUCGCGAGAGAAAUCCAGAAUUCCAGCAGCAGAUCUACGAGCGUCCUCCUCCAUUGGGAAGCUCGAGCGCCGCUGAGGAAGAAAACAGACUGUAUUUCGCCCCGGUAACCCGUUCUCCGGUCGCCUCUGGCAGCUGAUGGAGCCGUAGGGUCGAGCUCAGACAUGCGCACUGCUGCUGCCGGCGGAGCUUCGCCGAGCACUGGCUUCUGAUCCACCGGGACCAAGAGCCUCCAUUAGCCGCUAACAGAGGAAACUUCAGCCGGGACCGAAGACCCACGGAGCUCCGUGUCUCCACACCGCCUGGAAUUCCGCGUGUCCACCGGGAGCUCCAGCCUUCGGUCGAGCGCGGGAACACGUGAAGUCAGCGCUUUGUUUACCGCUUGCACAAUUCCACCAUUGAUCGGGCAGAAAUGCGAUUAGAGAGUGGCUUUGUGAGGGCAGGCCAUGAACUCCAACACAUCAGGCCUGUCGACUAGAGAUCUGCUUACAUAAAGCGCUCGUCCUGCCGUUUAAACCGUUACCGGGGACCCGCCGCCGCCGUUACCGGUCAUGUGUAGGCUGAUGUCGGGCUCUAGGAUCGGCUGAAGACUCUCGGGAUUGUAACGGUCGCUCUGCUAUUCGGUGCGGCAUCGAAAACGCGCACAAACGGAGGAGCGAAAGAUGUCGAGCGCGAAGGAAAACACGUGUAGGAAAUUUCAGGCGAACAUUUUCAACAAAAGCAAGUGUCAGAACUGCUUCAAGCCGCGAGAGCUGCAUCUGCUGACGGAUCAGGAUCUCAAUCAGGCCAAGCCCAUCUAUGGUGGAUGGCUGUGUUUGGCUCCGGAGGGGACGGAUUUUGACAACCCCAUGCAGAGAUCACGGAAAUGGCAGCGGCGAUUCUUCGUCCUGUAUGAGCACGGCUGCUUGCGCUUCGCUCUGGAUGAAUCGCCCAGCACGCUGCCGCAGGGAACGGUGAACAUGAACCAGUGCACAGACGUGGUGGACGCGGAGCCGCGCACGGGCCAGAAGAACGCGCUGUGCAUCGUGACGCCCGAGCAGGAGUAUUUCAUCCGCGGAGACAAUAAAGAGAUCAUCAACGGAUGGAGUGAGCAGCUAGCGGUGUAUCCCAGAACCAACAAGCAGAACCAGAAGAAGAAGCGCAAGGUGGAGCCGGCCACCUCACAGGAGCCGGGUCCGGCUAAGGUGGCGGUGACGGGCGCCGGCAUCCCUGACGCAGAGAAAACUCCAGACUCCAGCUCCAUCAUCUGGCAGGAGGAGCUGCAGAGCAGAGAAGCAGACGCCGCUCACACCUGGAGCAGCGAGAUUCCUCCUGUCGGCUCACCGCUGCCCUCUACAGGCGAGGGGUCGACGGUGAGCUCAGUGAAUGGGGAUGAGGUUGACCGCUGCGGACUUUCCUUCCACUCGCCGGUCUCUCAGGCUCCUGUAGACCCGCUGUCCCCGACAGGCAGCAGCUCCAGCAGGCAGAGUGCAGAGACGGGCGGGGUCCCUCGCUGCCUAUCCCCGGCUCCCAGCGACCCCUUCCCCUCAGGCAGCAGCCUCCUGUCCAACGGCUCGCACAUCAGCGGCUCUAUGAGCUCUCUGGACUCGGAGGCUAGCGGCAGCACCGUCACGAGCAGCGACAGCCACCCGCCGGAGCCCCGCGCCCUCAAACGAAGCCGCCUACGGAGCCCACAGACCCGGGAGCGGGAGCUAGUGCUGAGCCCUGAGAGAAGCGGCCGCUCGAAUGUGAUUGAGAAGCUGGAGGCGCUGGAGCUGGAGCAGCAGGAGCGCAUGGAGGUUCAGGAGUCCAGCAGCACUGAGGCCCGACAGGGGCGGAGUCAGAACAGGAGAUUCCAGCGGCAGGAGCAGAAGACGGACGCAGCACAGGCUCUAGACUUCCAUCCUCCUCUAAGAAGAGCCAAAUCUCUGGACCGCAGGACCACUGAGUCCGUCAUGACCCCUGAUCUGCUGAACUUUAAGAAAGGCUGGAUGGUGAAGCUGGAUGAAGAAGGACAGUGGAAGAAGUAUUGGUUUGUGCUGACGGAUCACAGUCUGCGAUACUACAAGGACUCCAUCGCUGAAGAGGCGUCAGAUCUGGAUGGAGAGAUCGACCUCAGCACAUGCUAUAAUGUUACAGAGUAUCAGGCGCAGAGGAACUACGGCUUCCAGAUUUACACUCAGGAGGCGGUGCACACACUCUCCGCCAUGACUGCAGGAAUCCGCCGUAACUGGAUCCAGGCAGUGAUGAAGAAUGUCCGGCCAGCCACUGCUCCAGAUGUAGCCAGUCUGACGGAUGAGCAUGGGUCGUUUGAGGGUGUCUGUCGACCGGACGUGACGCAGGACUCUCCCUCCUCUGAGGCGUCUGUGGAGCGGGAAACAGGGGCCAAAAAAAGCCGUGCGCGGGAACGCAGGCGAGAGGGGCGGAGCAAAACUUUCGACUGGGCGGAGUUUCGUCCCAUCGCUCAGGCAUUGGCUCAGCAGAGAGCGCAGGAGGCGGAGCUUACAGAGCGCAGCAAGAGGAGAGAGGAGCGAAGGCGGAGGUAUGAGAGCGUGACCGGAGCAACCUUUGAUCCUGCACUGAUGGAGCAAGAGGGGGGCGUGGCUCAGACUGAAGCUCCGCCCCUGUCGGCUGAAUGGCAGCAGCGAGUGGAGGAUGAGAUCGAGCAACGCUGGCAGCAGGUGGAGAAAACACCAAUCAGAGACGAGCGCAGGGUUCCGUUAGGCUCCGCCCACAGCAGAGACGCCACAGACAUGGAGAAGCUGCUGGAGGGAUACAAGAGAGGGGUGGAGGAGCUCAAGGCUCAGCUGGAGAACUGCCAUCAGCAGCUUCUGGACUCCAAUCGGCACAAGCAGGAUCUGGAGGGAAAACUGAAGAUGGCGGUGGAGCGCGAGCAGCAGACGCGAGCCGGGUACAUCUCUCCGCUGGAGUCCCCUUUGAGUGUUGAGACAGAGCCGCAGAUGAAGAGGACUGAACUGGUUAGUUCUCAAGCUCAGAGUUUAACAAAGAAGUACCAGGAAACCAAAGAGCUCCUGCAGCUGCAAGAACUGAAAAAGCGCGACAUGCAGGCACAGCUUGGCCUUUCUCUCUCACACUGGCCCGCAAAGGACCCUUCGCUUUCUGACACCCAAAAACACGAGGUCUGUCCCUCGAAGUGCACUCGGCGAACGCUCACGCUUACUCUUCAGGAUAGCGAGGGAACGAUUCGAGAGCUUGAGCACUUAAUAAACACUGACGAUCCUUUAACGUUGAGGGAGUUUAUAAAGCUCGUCCAGUUGCAUAGUGAACAUGUUUGCGUGGUAGAAUCUCCUCCAGGGAUGGAGCAAAGUGAACACAGCCGCUCAGUUGGAGCGGAGUGCCAGAAACUGCUGGAAAGCUUGAAGAACCAGCAGGAGAUGGAGAGCGAAGCUGUCAGGAGAAGUUUGGAAAAGGCUGGAGAUUGCAUUCGAGACUAUGAAGCGCGUUUGCUCACUAUGGAGGACAUGCUAGGACGAGCUCAGCAGCAAAAAGCGGAGAUUCUCCUGCAGUCCCCAUCGAGAGUAGAAGAGUUCAGCGCUGAUAUGAGCAGCAGAGAUCUGUCGCAGCAGGUGGGGAUUCUGGCCAAUGAAAAUGUAGCGUUGAAUCAACGCUAUCAGGAGAUCGUGAACCAACUGAGAGAAGCAGAUCGAGAGAUAGACAGGCUGAAGGCGGAGGUGUAUAGACUGCGACACAGUAAGGAAGACGAUGAAGAGUCCGCAGAUAAGAGAGAGCUCUGCGAAAAAUCCCACAAGCUUCAAGAAGCUCUGAUUAAAUUAGAGACGCUUGGUAGUAAUCUGAAAGACACUGAGAAAAGAUUGCAGCUAAAAGAAGCCACUCUUCGUGGACUUGGAUUUCAGGUGGCGGAAAGUGAAGCUGAAGACGAUCUCAAGUGUCAGUUGGAGAUCCUUCAAUGCAAGCUUUCUGAGAAAGAGAAGAUGUGCGAAGAACUCCAGUCGCAGAAUCCAAGACAAGAGGACGCGGUGAGGCUCAAUCAGAUGCUUGUAGAAGCUCAGGAGGAGAUCGCAGGGUUGAAACGGAAGCUAGAAAGUCGAGCAGGGUUCAGUAGCGAAAGUGAGUUUAUGGAAGAGGAAGGUGCGAGUGAGUUAAAGAGAAAGUCAGAGUCUCUAAUGCUUGUGUUUGGUGCGUUAGUAAACGGCAGGGAGGCAGAAUGCGAUGCGUUUAUUGUGGAUGAGGAUCACGCAGGAUUGAUGACGGAGAGAAGGAUCUUAUGCAGGAUUGUAGACGGUCUGCAGAAAGACGAGCAAUCUGUGAGGCAAGUGGUAGAGCGAAUGAUGGAGGAUAAUAACAUGCUGAUUCAUGCAAACAAGCUCUCCGACAUUCAACCAGGAGAGACGAUGCAUGAUGAAGAUGACGCAGACAUCAUGAAGAGUCUCUCUGAAGCGGUUCAGAGCAAAGUGGCGUUAUUAAAUCAGACUUCUUUAGCGAGAACGGGUGACAAACUCACUUUGAGAAGCAGAUCUGACUACAUACGUGAAGCAAUCACAGACAUAACACACAUGUACCAAACGCUCAGGCUGAAGAAAGAGUUUGCACGUGCUGAAAUGAGGACGCAACAGGAAUUAGCAGUGACGCGCAUUCAUAUCGAAGGAGAGCCGAUCGACUCUUUGGAUAAAAGCAUUCAGCUGCAGGAUCUGAUGGCGAGACAUAAGAAGGAGCUUCGAGAGCUGAAGGAGGUUUACGAGACGGAUGUGGAAAAGCUUAAAAAGGAGUUGGAGAAAGCCGGAGAAACCCUGAAGAUGAGAUCUGAAGAGAACGUCCGAGAGAUCGACUCGCUGACCGUGUGCAUGGAGAACCUGGAGAAAAAGCACGAAGCCGAAAGGCGAGAAUUACAGACACGCUUCAGCCUGCAAAUGGAGGAGCUCUGGGAAGCUGUCGGGUUUGAGGAUAAAGAUUGGAGUUCGGGAUCCCUCAAAGAGCAAAUCCUGAAGCUGGUGCGCCGAGAGUCUGAACUGACCCAGCUAAUGCAUCAGAAAGAUGGAGACCUGCGUCUGAGAUACGAGAAAGAUCUGGAAAAGCUAAAGGCCACAUGUGAGCGAGGUUUCGCCGCUAUGGAGGAGUCGCACCAGAAGGUGAUCGAGGAGCUGCAGAAGAAACACCAGAGAGAGCUGGAGAAGCUGCAGGAGGAGAAGGAGAGACUGCUGGAGGAGGAGACGGCUGCUACCAUCGCCGCUAUCGAGGCGAUGAAGAACGCACACCGGUCAGAGCUGGAGCGAGAGCUGGAGAAAGCACGCAAAGCCACCAGCAGCACAGAGAACGCAGACAUCGAGGAGAUCCACAAACAGCACGAGGAGGAGCUGGUGUCGUAUCAGCGGGAGAUCGAGGUGCUGUCAGAGCAGUAUUCACAGAAGUGUCUGGAGAACGCUCAUCUGGCUCAGGCGCUGGAGGCCGAGCGGCAGGCGCUCAGACAGUGCCAGAGGGAGAACCAGGAGCUCAAUGCACACAACCAGGAGCUCAACAAUCGUCUGGCUGCAGAGAUCACCAAGAUGCGCUCGAUGGCGACUGAAGACGGAGCUGACACUGGAGGACUGAUUCAAGGGAAGGAGCUGUACGAGCUGGAGGUGAUGCUGAGGGUGAAGGAGUCAGAAGUGCAGUAUCUGAAGCAGGAGAUCAACUCUCUGAAAGAUGAGCUCCAGACGGCACAAAGAGAUAAGAAAUAUGCAACAGAUAAAUACAAGGACAUCUACACUGAGCUGAGCAUCGUGCGGGCCAAAGCGGAGCGGGAUCUGGGCCGCCUGCGGGAGCAGCUGCAGCUGGCCCACAAUGCACUGGGGGAGCCGACGCUGGAGGACAUGGAGCGCGGAGGAUACGAUAUCAUGAAGUCCAAGAGCAACCCGGAUAUAUUAAAGAUGGCGGCAGCAGCGGCAAAACGCUCCGAGAGGACAAUGAGGUCAAAGUCUGUGAGUCGUGAUGUGCCCUGCGACAGCUAAAGGCGUAGUCUUAAAGAAGGCCUGACGGCGGAGCAGAGGCUUCACUUGUUCGACAACAAGGACACGAAGGACUUCUGACACUACAGACUCGCUGCAUGCUAAUAAAACUCAGCGUAUUUUAGCCCAGUAAUUAAUCACUUAGACUACACACACACACACACACACACUGGUCACCGCUUGUAUUAAACAUGGUCUGAAGUUUGAGUUUUAUAGUCUGAGUUACUGUGACCUCCUCUGUUCUCAUGGCCGUGUCUUAAUGUAAAUACUUUAGUUUUUAACGAAGCGUGCGUACACUAAAGCUACUGUUUUAACUCUGGAGUACGUGAUCAUAACUACACUACAGAACUGCGCACAUUCCCUCCAGCUCUCCGUUGUCCAGCGGGAUUAUGCGUUCGUUAGUUUUGCAUUAUUAAUUCUGCUUGCGUUAUUAACUGCUGAAUGUGACCAAAUGACGACCGCACGGGUUCCAGCUGGUCUAGAAGCACAGCUAUAUAAUGUAAUGAUGCGUCACGCUCCACUCACGUCAAUGGGAGUUCCUUUCGUUUCUUGGAGCUGAUAAAUCCUGUAGUGUUGUUCAGUGGCAGUCCUUUGUAUUUAUUUAAAUGUUAUGAUUUCUUUUUUUUUUGUCUCACAUUUCCAGUCAUCUAUAUACAUUAUUGUAAAUAUACUGCUAAAAAUGUACACAAACUGACAACAAGGUUUAUUAGCAAUAAAUAUUUUUGCACCCUC